CUCAUACAUUUUUUCAGAGAGAGAGAGAGAGAGAGAGAGUGAGAGAGAGAGAAACAAUGGCAUUCUCUGUGAGAUGGUUCUGUAUAGCCUCAUUGCUGGUUAUCACGAUGCUUUUAACAAGCGUGAAGGCCUCCACAGAGAAAGACCAGCAGCUUGUACACUCAAGGCUUGCAGAGGCGGAGGAAUUGCUAAGCUCCAAGAAUGCAUCAAUGGCAAACAGGUCAGAUAAUGCUUUGAAUGAGCACGCUGUUAAUAAUCCAGAGGAGAUUGCUUCUAUGGUUGAUACGAGCAUUCGUAAUAGCACUGAAGGAAGGAAGUUGGGAUAUUUUUCAUGUGGAACUGGGAAUCCAAUUGAUGACUGCUGGCGUUGUGACCCACAGUGGCAAAAAAACAGAAAGCGUCUAGCCGAUUGUUCAAUUGGAUUUGGACGCAAUGCCAUUGGUGGCCGCGAUGGAAAAUUCUACGUCGUUACUGAUUCCAGCGAUGAUGACGCCGUAAAUCCUAAACCCGGAACUCUCCGCCAUGCUGUGAUUCAAGAUAGGCCAUUGUGGAUUGUGUUCAAGCGGGACAUGGUGAUCACACUUAAGCAAGAGCUGAUUAUGAACAGCUUUAAGACUAUUGAUGGUCGAGGUGCCAAUGUUCACAUUGCUAAUGGGGCUUGCAUCACUAUCCAAUACGUCACAAAUAUCAUUAUUCAUGGUCUACAUAUCCAUGAUUGCAAGUCAACUGGCAAUGCUAUGGUUCGGAGCUCACCAAGUCAUUAUGGUUGGAGAACAAUGGCUGAUGGAGAUGGUGUUUCGCUUUUUGGUGCAAGCCACGUUUGGGUUGACCACAAUUCACUCUCUAAUUGUGCUGAUGGCCUCAUUGAUGCUAUUAUGGGCUCUACGGCUAUUACCAUCUCUAAUAACUACUUCACCCACCACAAUGAGGUAAUGCUAUUGGGUCAUAGUGACUCCUACACACAAGAUAAGCAGAUGCAAGUGACAAUUGCGUACAACCAUUUUGGUGAAGGUCUAAUCCAGAGAAUGCCAAGGUGUAGGCAUGGGUACUUCCAUGUGGUAAACAAUGACUACACACAUUGGGAAAUGUAUGCCAUUGGUGGAAGUGCUGAACCCACCAUUAACAGCCAAGGCAAUAGAUAUCUUGCCCCUGUCGACCCUAAUGCGAAGGAGGUGACAAAGAGGGUUAAUACAGACACAGGUGUAUGGAAGGGCUGGAAUUGGAGGUCAGAGGGAGACCUUUUGCUGAAUGGAGCCUACUUCACUCCAUCAGGAGCAGGAGCUUCAGCCAGUUAUGCCAGGGCCUCAAGUUUAGGGGCCAAGUCCUCUUCCAUGGUUGGAACCAUUACUUCUGAUUCUGGGGUCCUUAAUUGCCGCAGAGGCUCCCAGUGUUAAUUCUCAAUUUCAUUAUUACCAAAAAAUAGAGAAAAAAAUUACCAAAAAGCGAAAAACGAGAGGAAAGAAGAAUUACUCAUUUUCUCUUCCCUUGUUUCUAUUACAUAGCAUUACCCAGUGAGCUUGCAGCCAGCUUGUUCACAUCCCCAUCUCUGUAUUGUAUUUGUUCCAGUCAAACAUUUGAAAAGUGUAAAUUUUUCACAUAUCUCAAAUGGUUGUUCAGGUGCCCAAGCACCUGCCCAUUUGCUUCUA